UCACGAAAGAGAGUCCCCGGAAGGGGCUGGAGAUAGGGUUUAGCAAGUGUGCGACCCUACUAGGUUGGUGUGGGACGCAGCAGGCGGCGAGAUGUCCUGGGCCGGCCUUCUCCGCGGCCUCACCACGUCCCUCAGUCGUGGCCUGGCCCUAGGUCCCCAGCUCUGGGCCACACGUUCCAUGGCCACCCUGAACCAGAUGCACCGCUCAGGCCGCCCGAAGGAACCCCCUAAGCGUCUGGGUCCCACAGAGGGCCGGCCCCAGCUGAAGGGUGUGGUGUUACGCACAUUCAUCAGAAAGCCAAAGAAGCCCAACUCGGCCAACCGCAAGUGCUGCCGAGUGCGCCUCAGCACAGGCAAAGAGGCUGUCUGCUUCAUCCCCGGGGAGGGCCACACCCUGCAGGAGCACCAUGUGGUCCUCGUGGAGGGCGGUCGGACUCAAGACCUGCCCGGGGUUAAACUCAAAGUUGUGAGGGGCAAGUAUGACUGUGGCCACGUGCAAAAGAAGUGACCGUGAUUGACAGUGGUCAGGCAUUGGGUCCCCAGAAACCACUUCUUCUUGCUCUAGGGACCGCUACUCUUGGACUCAAAUCUUGCUCCGACUCAUCAAGACUGCUAUAAAUCUGCCAACGUUCUGGAGGUGAACUGGAAAGAAGCGCCCUUCUACCCACUCCCUUGGCUUGUGUGUUCAGUAUCCACAGGUGGGAGCUCAUUGCUGGGUGGGAGUUGAAUAAACACCUGCAGCUUGUGGUGUCGA